GAAAAGGGUGAAAUUUCGUUUCUUUUAGGAUUUUCUUCGAAAAAUAUUACACUUUCUAUCAAGGUUUAAUCUGCAGUUAUCCUUCAGGCAAAAAUCAUCCUCACACUGGAAGAUGCAAAAAAAGACUUUUUGGUGGAUAGGUAUACUCUUCUUAUCUUAUGAAUGGAAUAGUCAAGAGCCUGCGCAAAGUAGAGAGUUUGUCUUUCAACCAUAUUCAAUUGCACAGAUAAGAAAGCUCAAUAUUAUUCACCUUGAUUCAAAUUCUUUUUGGCAACAGACUUUUUGGUUAUCCUAAACGAUUAAACGUAUUCGUGCUGUUGGCCAAGACAAACGACAACGACACGACGCGACGGUAGCGACGCGUAUUUUUUUUUGUCGAAUAAAAUGCCAUUUCGUACUCGUGUGUAUGGCAAAGCGGUAGUUAUUUUGUAUUUUAGUCAUGUAAAUGGCUAAAUGUUGAAGUGUGUAUAUAACGCUGAUUGACUGUUAAUCGCUAGUAACAUCCGUUUGUUAUUUGAUUUUUUGAAAUAAAAGUUUAUAAUCUGUGAAGUGAGAUCACAAAAAUAAAGAAUUAGCUCCCUCUCGUUCACUACACGAGUGCUAAUUAAAACAUCAAAGAAAAUGACUUUGAUGUUAAGACUAAAAUAAAAAACCCACCGACUUUGUACAACAAAUUUUUUAGAACUAUUAGCUUUGGAUAUCUCUUCUACUAGUGAUAUAUUUCUAAAGUUGGAAAGAGGGAAAAAUGUAGACUCUCUGACCCGUUUGAUUGAAUUAAAGCAAAAAAGAACUAAUAGCCAACUUGUCAAUAAAGAUUUUAAUUAAAUACCUUAUUGAUGCAUUUAUUGAUAGGGGGUCAAUUAAUCUGUUGGAAUGAUCUGUCUAAUUAAAAAUGUCAGUGUUAAAUGAGAAAAAGUGAAACAAAAAGUGUUUGUAAUUUGAAAUAGAAAAAAAACUAGAAAAAAAUAGUACGUAUACGCAACAGUGACCCUGGAUUUUUUUUGUUCAUAAUUUAAAAUUUUCUUCUACAACAUGUUUGAAAAUUCACACCUUUAUGACAAUAUGGUAAGAAAAAAUAUAGUUCAAAGUGAAGUGGCGUCCAGUUGAAGCUGAAGUCAUGUUCAAGAAUGUUAACUAAUAAAACUUAGCGGGAUUUUUACGUAAAAGCCUCAAAAACUUGUUCUUGUUCUUUAAACAAUAAAAAAAAGGAAGCAAAGUUAUACAUGAAAGGAUCAUGAAUUCUAAAACUAAGGGAUUAAAGAAGAUGGCUGAAAAUUUUUUCACUUAACUUCAAAUUACAGAUCAAAAUGAACGACUCCGAGGAUAGCGACAAUUACAUUGAAAAUACACAUCGUCUGAAUGCUACCAUUAACAAUGUAACAACCCGCCUGGAUCCAGUUCUACUGGAAAGAUUCACAAGAAAUCGCAGCAUCGAUGGUCCUUGGUAUUAUAUCCUUAUUGUUAUGUAUAGCGUUCUCAUUGUAUUCGGGGCCGUUGGCAAUAUUCUUGUUGUGAUUGCUGUCGUCCGAAAACCAAUGAUGCGUACUGCCCGGAAUCUUUUUAUCCUCAAUUUAGCUAUAUCAGAUCUGCUAUUAUGUUUGGUAACAAUGCCUUUGACUCUUAUGGAAAUUCUAUCAAAAUUUUGGCCAUUCGGAACGUGUGCGGUUCUUUGUAAAAUGAUUGCUAUGCUCCAGGCAACAAGUAUAUUUGUAUCAACAAUAUCGAUAUCAGCGAUAGCAUUCGAUCGAUAUCAGGUUAUCGUUUAUCCAACACGCAGCAAUCUUCAACUAAUGGGAGCUGUCUCAAUUCUGGUCGGAAUAUGGUUGCUAGCCCUAAUACUGGCCUCCCCAAUGUUCAUCUUCAAACAAUUAGUGCACGCCGACAUCCCAAUUCUCCUACAAACUGUUGGCAUCAAAAGCAUAACCUUUUGCAUAGAAGACUGGCCUCAUCUUCACGGUCGUUUCUACUAUUCGAUAUUUUCCCUCUGCGUACAAUAUUUAAUGCCAAUAGUUAUAGUCUCUGGCGCCUACUUUGGCAUUUAUAAUAAGCUCAAAAGUCGCAUAACAGUUGUAGCUGUUCAGACAUCAUCACAACGAAAAGUCGAACGUGGACGUCGCAUGAAACGUACCAAUUGCCUGCUCAUCAGCAUAGCUGUUAUCUUUGGAGUGUCAUGGCUGCCAUUGAAUAUAUUCAAUUUGUACGCGGAUAUAAAGCGGUCAGCUGUAACACAAUCGAUAAUGGUGGGAUAUGCAUUUUGUCAUAUGAUUGGAAUGAGUUCGGCCUGUUCGAAUCCGCUGCUCUAUGGAUGGCUGAAUGAUAAUUUCCGUAAAGAAUUUCAAGAAUUAUUAUGCCGUUAUAAAGAACCUACUAAUGUUGCUCUUAAUGGUACGACAGGGCAUACAAGACGGAGACAAAAACAUGUCAACAUUACCAAGGGGGAUCUGAAAUUGCUCGAAGGACAGCGCAUAACUGAUUCGGUGGCGUUAACCGAGAAUCCAAUGUCGACGGAAGUAACGACAUUGAUGCGGUUUCUUGUAUCGGGCUGUGUGAGGCCUCUGUUUGCUCAAUAAUUAGAUUGAUUGAUCUACUAAGAAGCAAACUGAUGACCCUUAUGGACAUUUUAUUGGCAUGCAGUUUAGUGAAUUCAAAUUGUGGUCAGGUAAACUUAUCAUUAGUUUUCGAAAACUGUGUGAUAGCCUGUUGUUUCAGUUUUGACGUUAACCUGCAUUUGUAAGGGUUUGUCUUUCUAUUAGUACCCUUUGUAAACUUUUGAAAUUUUUUGCUAAUAAAGGUAUUCGGAAAUAAUUUUUUUUGAUAAAAUUAGCAUGUUGCUAGCAACCUUUUCCCUUUUAUAUUUACACAUAUGCAUUUUGCCAAUUUAUUCCUUUCCAUAUUUCAUGUGUGAUAUUUUCAAGUGUUAACUGUUAAAACCGCCUUUUAAUUGACUUUUAACUGGUUUCUUUUAGCCUUAAAGCACUGCAGGAUAAAUGAUUUGUCAUGCGUUGCAUAAAAUAAUUUUUUCCAAAGGCAAAGGUUAUAGGCAUAGAAAAGCAAUGCUUACCUUUUUGGCCCGUUUUUCAAUAUUUAGCUUUCAGCCCAAUAUUGACCAGAAUUUUCGGAAAUCGAAUAAGGAGUAGGUUAUUAUUUUGUUGCUAAUUAGUUACGGCAAAUUUUUAUUUGUUGCUCCGUUGGUUUUGAAUUUAUCGAAAUUUUUCGCUCAGUUCGUAUGAACUUAGCGAAGUGACCCUGAUUCGAAUCCAAACUGUGCAUGUUUUGUUGCUAUUUGGUUGCUAAUUAGUUGCGGCAAUUCUAAUUUUUUGCUCAAAUA